GAAUAAUGUGCUCAUAUGUCAGGAAUGAUGAGGCAGAACCAAUCCUUCCAAAGGAAAGUGCAUGAAGAUGAUACCAGGAUUUUCAUAUUCCUUCAGAUGUCUGGAAUGAGGACCCACUAAUUCAUGGUGUCGUGCUUGUCUCUGUCAGGAGUGCUCCUAGUCUUUUAAGCUGAAGAUGGGAACUGCUACCUCACAGAGGAGAAAUGCAGCUAGUUGGCAGCACAACACAUCUGUUAUGUGUACAGAGGCCAAAAAGCAUUGCUGGUACUUUGAAGGGUUAUAUCCUACCUAUUAUAUAUGUCGCUCCUACGAGGACUGCUGUGGUUCGAGAUGCUGUGUAAGAGCCCUCUCUAUCCAGCGACUAUGGUAUUUUUGGUUCCUUUUGAUGAUGGGAGUUUUGUUCUGUUGUGGAGCUGGUUUCUUUAUCAGAAGACGGAUGUACCCUCCUCCACUUGUAGAAGAACCUACUUUUAAUGUGUCUUACACCAGACAACCAGUCAACACUGCAUCAGGGUCUCAGCAACCUGGAGUGCCAUACUACACAGACCCAGGCGGACCUGUGAUGAAUCCCAUGGCGAUGGCUUUCCAUGUCCAGCCCAAUUCCCCACAAGGAAACCCAGUUUACCCUCCUCCACCUUCCUACUGCAACACACCACCUCCUCCAUAUGAGCAGGUGGUGAAAUCCUCCACAUGAGGACUCUGUGGCUCUCUGACCUGACUCUGGGAGAAGAAGGUGCCAUUGCAAAACAACCAGGAUGGUGGGCAUCUGCCCCUUUGAACAUUUGCUAGCUUUCCAUGUCCUCUCUCCCUUCCUACCUUGCACCUUUUCUCAUUAAAUUUCCUUGCAAAGGGGUGUAUUUUUUUUUCUUUUUUUGCAGUAGAAGUGAAUUUUUUCUUUGUCUUUAAAAUGAAAGAAGUUGUCUUUGUAAUGCUUUUAAUGGAAAUCUAUAUUUAAAACCUGUA